AUGACUGAAUUUUCAGAAAAUCGGGCGAAAACUGCUCAACCAAAGUUAAUGCUUUCUAAUAUUUCCGAUGCUGUGCCGAUGAAAUUUCAGAGAACUUAUGAAAACUAUUCAAAUGAAGAAUUAGAAGCCGAAAUAAAAAAAUAUAAAGAGAUUAAUUCAAAAAAAUCAUUCAUCAGAGACCAACUUGAAAUACAAAACGAUGAAUAUUCUAAGAAUCUGCGUAGACAAGCUAAAUGUUUGUCAUUUUUAACUAGCGACAAAAAUGCAAAAGAAAUUGCUUUUAAAGCAAUAGCAGCAAAUCCAUAUGAAAAGAGGUUGGAAAUCGAAAACACUCGCUUGCAAUCAGAAAGAGAAAUUUCAACACAAAAUUCUAUUUUAGUUUUGAACAAUUCCUUACAAAUUUCGAGACUUUUAAAUACAGAAGAUAUAGCAGAAGUAAGAAAAAUGAAAAUGGCUAUUGCAAUUCAAAAUCAAAACGUUUUAGAUUCAAUAAGAGCGUUGGAAUCGAAUCCUAAAUUUAAUUUUGCAGCUUUUGUUGAUAGACAACGAUAUUACGAGCAAAUCGCUGCCCAAUUAUCAGAAAAAAGGUUCAAAUUAAACAAAAUUUCAAAAGAUAACCAGGAAUUACGCAUAAAACUACAACAAAUCACAGAAGAACAUAAUAAAUAUAACGAAAUGCAGCGAAAACACAGUGAAUUACUACGAAAAAAGGAUAAAAUUGAUUUAAUCAAGCUGAAAAACGAAAAAUUACUUGCGGAAGUCACUGAACUAGAGCAGAAAAACACAAGGGAAAUAAGAAAACGCGAAUCCAGCUCUUCAAAUUAUUAUAAUACACUUCCAAACGCUCAGGAGCAAUGGGCGCCAGCAAAUAUCAGUGAAAGUCAGGAUAUCUCGGUAGAAGAACUGAAAUCCGAAAGAGACAGACUCAAAUCUGUUUACAAUAAAAAGAUUGAAAUUUUAAAACAGGCUAGAAUGAAAAUUUCGUCUGCUCUCUCUAUCCUUCAUGAUUGUUAUGAUACUACAUUAACAUCUCGUAAUGAAUUAAUGUAA